AUGCGACAGCAUUUAGAGGAUGCAAACGAUCCCGGCACGGCACAGGAGGGUGCACUGUGGGAAGAACGUCGCAAGUUCAAUUCCAACUCCGAGUUCAAUUCCAACUCCGAGUUCAAUUCCAACUCCGAGUUCAAUUCCAACUCCGAGUUCAAUUCCAACUUUAAGUUCAAUUGCAACUCCGAGUUCAAUUCCAACUCCGAACUCAAUUCCAACUCCGAGUUCAAUUCCUACUCCGAGUUCAAUUCCAACUCCGAGUUCAAUUCCAACUGCAAGUUCAAUUCCAACUCCGAGUUCAAUUCCAACUCCGAGUUCAAUUACAACUCCGAGUUCAAUUCUAACUCCGAGUUCAAUUCCAACUGCAAGUUCAAUUCCAACUCCGAGUUCAAUUAUAACUCCGAGUUCAAUUCCAACUCCGAGUUUAAUUCCAACUUCAAGUUCAAUUCCAACUCCGAGUUCAAUUCCAACUCCGAUUUCAAUUCCAACUCCGAGUUCAAUUCCAACUCCGAGUUCAAUUCCAACUUUAAGUUCAAUUCCAACUCCGAGUUCAAUUCCAACUCCGAACUCAAUUCCAACUCCGAGUUCAAUUCCAAUUCCGAGUUCAAUUCCAACUCCGAGUUUAAUUCCAACUCCGAGUUCAAUUCCUACUCCGAGUUCAAUUCCAACUCCGAGUUUAAUUCCAACUGCAAGUUCAAUUCCAACUCCGAGUUCAAUUCUAACUCCGAGUUCAAUUCCAACUCUGAGUUCAAUUCCAAUUCCGAGUUCAAUUACAACUCCGAGUUCAAUUCCAACUCCGAGUUUAAUUCCAACUUCAAGUUCAAUGCCAACUCCGAGUUCAAUUCCAACUCCGAGUUCAAUUCCAGUAACUCGUAA